AUGAGAGGACUGCUCAACUUGAGAGGACAGAUCAACUUGAAAGGACAACUCAACUUGAGAGGACAGCCAUGCAAGGAGAGCACAGCAAAGCUUACAAGGACAGCAUGGCUUGCGAGGACAGCACGGCUUGCAAGGACAGCACGCCUUGCGAGGACAGAAUGGCUUGCAAGGACAGCACGGCUAGUGAGGAGAGAACGGCUUGCGAGGACAGCACAGGUUGCAAGGACAGCACAGAUUGCGAGGACAGCAAAGCUUCCGAGAACAGCACAGCUUGCGAGGACAGCACAGUUUGCGAGAACAGCACAGCUUGCCAGGACAGGACAGCUUGCAAGGACAGCACAGCUUGCGAGCACAGCACAACUUGCGAGGAAAGCACAGCUUGUGAGGACAGCACAGCUUUCAAGGACAGCACAGCUUGCGAGGACAGCACAGCUUGCGAGGACAGCACGGCUUGCGAGGACAGCUGAACUUGAGAGGACAGCUCAACUUUCGAGGACAGCACAACUUGAGAGGACACCUCAACUUGAGAGGACAGCUCAACUUCAGAGGAUAGCUCCGGUUGAGAGGACUGCUCAACUUGAGAAGACAGCUCAACUUGAGAGGACAGCACAGCUUGCGAGGACAGCACAGCUCUUGAGGACAGCACAGCUUGCGAGGACAGCACAGCUUGCGAGGACAGCACGGCUUGUGAGGACAGCUGAACUUGAGAGGGCAGGUCAACUUGAGACGACAGCACAGCUUGCGAGGACAGCACAGCUUGCGAAGACUGCACAGCUUGCGAGGACAGCACAGCUUGCAAGGACAGCAAAGCUUGCAAGGAAAGUACGGCUUGCGAAGACAGCAUGGCUUGCGAGGACAGCAUUGCUUGUGAGGACGGCACGGCUUGCGAGGAGAGAACGGCUUGGGAGGACAGCACAGGUUGCGAGGACAGCACAGGUUGCGAGGACAGCACAGCUUCCAAGGACAGCACAGCUUGCGAGGACUGCAAAGCUUGCGAGGACAGCACAGUUUGCGAGGACAGCACAGCUUGCGAGGACAGCACAGCUUGCGAGGAAGGCACAGCUUGCGAGGACAGCACAGCUUGCGAGGACAGCACAGCUUGCGAGGAAAGCACUGGUUGCGAGGACUGCUCAGCUUGAGAGGACAGUUCAACUUGAGAAGACAGCUCAACUUGAGAGGACAGCUCAACUUGAGAGGACAGCUCAACUUGAGAGGACAGCUCAAGUUGUGAGGACAGCUCAACUUGAGAGGACAGCUCAACUUGAGAGGACAGCUCAACUUGAGAGGACAGCUCAACUUGAGAGGACAGCUCAACUUGAGAGGACAGCUCAGCUUGAGAGGACAGCUCAACUUGAGCAGACAGCUCAACUUGAGUGGACAGCUCAACUUGAGAAGACAGAUCAACUUGAGGGGACAGCACUACUUAAGAGGAAAGCACUACUUGAGAGGAAAGCACAACUUGCGAGGACAGCAAAGCUGGCGAGGACAGCACAGCUUGCAAGGACAGCACGGCUUGCGAGGACAGCACGGCUUGCGAGGAUAGCACGGCUUGCGAGCACAGCACGGCUUCACAGCUUGCGAGGACAGCUCAAUUUUAGAGGACAGCUCAACUUGAGAGGACAGCUCAACUUGAGAGGAAAGCUCAACUUGACAGCUCAACUUGAGAGGACAGCUCAACUUCAGAGGACAGCUCAACUUGAGGCGACAGCUCAACUUGAGAUGGCAGCUGAACUUGAGAGGGCAGCUCAACUUGAGACGACAGCACAGCUUGCGAGGACAGCACAGCUUGCGAGGACAGCACAGCUUGCGACGACAGCACAGCUUGCGAGGACAGCACAGCUUGCGAGGACAGCACAGCUUGCGAGGGCAACAGAGCUUGCGAGGAAAGCAGAGGUUGCGAGGACAGCUCAGCUUGAGAUAACAGCUAAACUUGAGAGGACCGUUCAACUUGAGCGGACUGUACGACUUGAGAAGAUAGCACAACUUGCGAGGACAGCAAAGCUUGCGAGAACAGCAAAGCUUGCGAGGACAGCAAAGCCACAGCUUGCGAGGACAGCUCAACCUGAGAGGACUGCUCAACUUGAGAGGACAGCUCAACUUGAGAGGACAGCACAACUUGUGAGGACAGCACAUCUAGAGAGGACUGUUCAUCGAGAGAGGACAGCUCAACUUGAGAGGACAGCUCAACUUGAGAGGACAGCUCAACUUGAGAGGACAGCUCAUCUUGAUACGACAGCUCAACUUGAGAGGACAGCUCAACUUGAGAGGACAGCUCAACUUGAGAGGACAGCACAACUUGAGAGGACAGCACAGCUUCCGAGGACAGGAAAGCUUGCCAGGAAAGCAAAGCUUGCGAGGACAGCACGGAUUGCGAUGACAGCACGCUUGCGAGGAAAGCACAGCUUGCGAGGACAGCACAGCUUGCGAGGAAAGCACAGCUUGCGAAGGGCAGCACAGUUUUCGAGGACAGCACAGCUUGCGAGGACAGCACAGCUUGCAAGGACAGCACAGCUUGCGAGGACAGUUCAACUUGAGAGGACAGCUCAACAUGAGAGGACAGCUCAGCUUGAGAGGACAGCUCAACUUGAGCAGACAGCUCAACUUGAGUGGACAGCUCAACUUGAGAAGACAGCUCAACUUGAGGGGACUGCACUACUUAAGAGGAAAGCACUACUUGAGAGGAAAGCACAACUUGCGAGGACAGCAAAGCUGACGAGGACAGCACAGCUUGCAAGGACAGCACGACAUGCGAGGACAGCACGGCUUGCAAGGACAGCACAGCUUGUGAGGACAGCACAGCUUGCGAGGACAGCACAGCUUGCAAGGACAGCACAGCUUGCGAGGACAGCACAGCUUGCGAGGACAGCACAGCUUGCGAGGAAUGCACAGGUUGCGAGGACAGCUCAGCUUGAGAGGACAGCUCAACUUGAGAGGACAGCUCAACUUGAGCGGACUGCUCAACUUGAGAGGAAAGCUCAACUUGAGAGGACAGCUCAACUUCAGAGGACAGCCCAACUUGAGAGGACAGCUCAACUUGAGAGGACAGCUCAACUUGAGAGGGCAGCUGAACUUGAGAGGGCAGCUCAACUUGAGGCGACAGCACAGCUUGCGAGGACAGCACAGCUUGCGAGGACAGCACAUUUUGCAAGGACAGCACAGUUUGCGAGGACAGCACAGCUUGCGAGGACAGCACAGCUUGCGAGGAGAGAACGGCUUGCGAGGACAGCACAGGUUGCGAGGACAGCACAGGUUGCAAGGACAGCACAGCUUCCAAGGACAGCAAAGCUUGCGAGGACAGCACAGCUUGUGAGGACAGCACAGCUUGCGAGGACAGCGCAGCUUGCGAGGACAGCACAGCUUGCGAGGACAGCACAGCUUGCGAGGACAGCACAGCUUGCGAGGACAGCACAGCUUGCGAGGACAGCUCAGAUUGAGAGGACAGCUCAACUUGAGAGGACAGCUCAACUUGAGCAGACUGCUCAACUUGAGAGGAAAGCUCAACUUGAGAGGACAGCUCAACUUGAGAGAACAGCUCAACUUGAGAGGACAGCUCAACUUGAGAGGACUGCACAACUUGAGAAGACAGCACAAUUUGCGAAGACAGCUAAACUUGCUAUGUCAGCAAUGUUUGCGAGGACAGCACAGCUUGCGAGGACAGCACGGCAUCUGAGGACAGCAUGGCUAGCGAGGACAGCACGUCUUGCGAGGGCAGCAGAGGUUGGGAGGACAGCUCAGCUUGCGUGGACAGCACAGCUUGCGAGGACAGCACAGCUUGCGAGGACAGCACUGCUUGCGAGGACAGCACAGCUUGCAGGGACAGCACAGCUUGCGAGGACAGCACAGCUUGCGAGGACAUUACAGCUUGUGAGGACAGCUCAACUUGAGAGGACAGCUCGACUUCAGAGGACAACUCAACAUGAGAGGACAGUUCAACUUGAGAGGACUGCCAACUUGAGAAGACAGCACAACUUGCGAGGACAGAAAAGCUUGCGAGAACAGCAAAGCUUGCGAGGACAGCAAAGCAUGCGAGGACAGCAUGGCUUCUGA